AUGAAGUCACUUUUCGUAUUAGCCGUCUGUGUUUUGGCCGUUCAGGCCCUAACCGAAGAGCAGAAGGAGAAGCUCCAGAAGCACAGGGGUGAAUGUCUUGCUGAAUCCAAGGCUGACGAACAGCUGGUUACCAAACUGAAGACUGGAGAUUUUAAGACGGAAAACGAACCCCUCAAGAAGUAUGCCCUGUGUAUGUUGAUCAAGUCUGAGCUCAUGACCAAGGACGGCAAGUUCAAGAAGGAUGUCGCCCUCGCCAAGGUCCCUAACGCAGCCGACAAACCAGCAGUAGAAAAACUUAUUGACACCUGUCUGGCCAACAAGGGUAACACUCCCCAACAAACCGCCUGGAACUAUGCUAAAUGCUACCACGAGAAGGACGCCAAGCACUCCAUCUUCCAAUAA